AUGGAGGAGCUGACAGGACUGGAGGAGCUGACGGGACUGACAGGACUGUACACCCAGCAAGAAGACAGCGAGGAGUGGACACAGCCCUCUGAGGAGCCCUACUCUGAGGCCUCUCUCACUUUGGGGCUGCAGCCAGCCCUUCCCGAGGAGCAGAGGGGCACCAGGCGGCUGGUGAUGAAGAGGAAGGUGCUGAGGCACAGACCUGAUGGAGGAGUGGAGGUUUCUGAUGAGUCAGAGAACGACCUUGAGGUGUGGAGUCUGAGGGAGAAAAUGCUUCAGCCCAGGGCUGAUGACAGCAUCUCUGAGGGAAAGAUGGAGACCAGCAGCUUCAGCUUCCCCCACGAGUCUGCCGGGGACAGUCCCCUCUUUAUCCUCAGGGAUUUAAGGAGACUGAGCUCUCGCACUUCUCAGUCCAGCACAGUACCCAAAUCCUUCAUCCCCCCUCGGCUGGAACCGUUGGGACAUCACCGAGUCAAGACCGACUGCGUGACCAAGUACAUGGAGUACAAACGGGAGUGGGAGAAGUUCGGGAUCCCGGGGGAGGACCCGCGGGUGGAGCUGCGCAGGGGCAUCCGGGAGCAGAUGCGCUGCGCGCCCGAGCUGCCUGCCAAGCCGCAGCGCCCCUACGUGCCCAACACCUACAUCGUCCCCACCGACAAGAAGCGAGCGGCGCUGCGCUGGGAGGUGCGCUGGGACCUGGCCAACGGCCUCCUGCCGCGCAGAGCCACCUCAUGGCCACUGUUCCCCAGCACCCUGCAGACCAUCUUCCGCCCUAUGGGAAGGGCCCUGUCGCCGCUAGCACCUUAA